AUGGAUGCAAUAGGCAUAUACCGAGCACAAAUAAGAGAAUUCUUUGAACGGUCAAAAGGAGAGAAGAAAUACAAAAUAUCUCUACUGUCCAAUCCACCACCAAAGAGAAUUAUUAUUGACAUAGGAGAUAUCCGGCGGUUUAAUAAAGACCUUUCCCUUGCUCUUCAAGAGAAUGCAAUAUCACUUCUUCCGGCUUUUGAAGAAAUAGCACAGGAAUAUUCUCAAGUGGCUGUAAAUGUGGGAAUAUCUGGAAUACUGUCCGGAGAGAGAAUAACACCGCGCACUCUUCUUUCUAAAUAUAUUGGACGCAUGGUGUCAAUUGAAGGAAUUAUUACGAGUGCGUCAAUAAUUAGGCCGAAGAUAAGGAAGAGCGUUCAUUAUAUAAAACCAACAAAUUCAUUUGUGUAUAAGGAGUACAGAGACAUGUAUACUAUGUCUAUGCUGCCACCCACUACAUCAGUUGUUCCAAAGCAGUCACUUGAUGGAAAUCAAUUAGAACUGGAGUAUGGGCUGAGUGAGUACAUAUCUCACCAGACAAUAGUUUUGCAGGAAAUGCCAGAAUUGGCGCAGCCAGGACAGAUGCCUCGUGGUGUGAGUGUUAUUUUAGAGAAUGACCUUGCCGGGUUAGUUAAGCCAGGAGACAGAGUGCGUGUGUAUGGUACAUAUAAAUGCAUAUCAAAUAUUAAAGCAGCACAGGAUACACUCCGCACAACAAUCAUAGGUAACAACAUAGAAAUACUUGGGAAAAAGGAGAUGUCUAAUAAUAACAGUAUUGAUACGGUCACUAAAAUCUUAACAGAAACUGGCGUAGAUGGGCUAGUGCAGUAUAUUGCACCAUCUAUUUAUGGGCACAUUCCUGUUAAAAAAGCAAUUUUACUCAUGAUGAUAGGAGGGCAGGCUGUGCACACAAACACAGGAGGAAAGAUUAGGGGAGAUAUUAAUGUUCUUCUUGUGGGUGAUCCAGGGAUUGCAAAGAGUCAGUUGCUCAGGUAUGUUUUAGACAUAUCCCCGCUCUCAGUGGGAACAACUGGAAGGGGUGCAACUGGUGUUGGUCUUACUGCUGCUAUAGUAGCUGAUGCAGAUACUGGAUCAAGAAGAAUUGAAGCUGGUGCAAUGGUUCUGGCAGAUACGGGGAUUGUUUGUAUCGAUGAGUUUGACAAGAUGGAUGAGACAGAAAGAGCAGCCAUUCAUGAAGCAAUGGAGCAGCAGACUGUAACCAUUACAAAGGGAGGUAUUUAUAUCACAUUAAAUGCAAGGUGUUCUGUUUUAGCAGCUGCCAAUCCCAUCUCAGGACAGUACAGAAGUAACUUAUCCCCGCGUGAAAAUAUUCGAUUGCCAGAAUCAAUUCUUACCAGGUUUGAUCUUAUUUACAUCUUAGAGGACACGCUCGAGUACGACACAGAAAUUGCAGAGCACGUCCUUGGAAGAAGAAUGGGAAGAAGAUCUUCUGCAUCCGAACUCUCCCAAGAUGAAAUUUCAGCCUACAUACAAGCUGCGCGUAAUAUAAACCCAGAACUCACAGAUGAGGCAGAGGAAUACAUCAGUAAAGAAUAUAUCCGUAUAAGAGAAGAGGGUGAAAAGAACAAGACAAGCCUCUCCAGAAAUGUCACUGCAAGGUUACUAGAAAGUAUUGUAAGACUGUCCACUGCGCAUGCAAGAGCCAGACUCUCUUCUGAAAUUAUCCUGGAAGAUGCCAUGGCAGCUGUGGAUAUACUUGAGCACACUCUUUGGAGAAAGAGUGUUAAGAGAAGAGAGAGAAAAGAACAGUCACAAGAUACUCUUCUUAACAUAUUAUACUCCUACAGAGAAAAUAACCCAAAUGAUAAGCUUGUUUCUGUUGAAAAGAUCGUUUCUCUAUGUGAUGUAUCCAGAGAAGCUGUAAUUGAUGGUCUUAUGGCAUUUGAAAAGGAAGAACUAAUCAAACUAGUUGAUGGAAUGGUUAUUUUCCCAUAGCCAGAGAUUAUUGUUUAUGCUUUGGUUUCUAUUAAUAAAUAUAUACGUCAUGUCUAC